AUGCCGUUGGGCACUGAUGGCACCCCUCAGCGGCAACAACAACAACGCAAAUCAACUGUGGAUUCCGCAGUGGCGCUGAUUGAGUCCGAUAGCGAGUUGAUGGCACUUUUCUUCCGCCACAUUUCCGCAUGUCCACCUCAUGGACCCUUCAAACACUACAGCGCUCUCACCUUUACGGAGCGCGUGAGGCAUUGGUUUCCAACGCAUGCACCGGCAAGAGCAGCAGAGAUGGGCGACGCCAUCACGCCCGCAGUUGUACUGCAGUUAAUGGAAAAAUAUUAUGACACAAAACAUCUUCGGAGCUGGCCGCUGUUGUACGUUCCGGCGCAAAUACACCUGAAAGACGUGGAUGCACUUAUUGAGAAACAAGAGUCUCUGAAACCUGAACGGGCCACUGACUGA